UGCGCAUGCGCAGAUCAACACUUUUCAAAAUGGCACUGCGCGUCGUGAGAUCUGGUUUGCCUUUGAAUCUCAAUUUACUUAAAACAACAGUUGUCUGCAACAAACGGCACUUGUCAGAAAAAGCGUCCUCCAAUCCGAAAGCAUCCGUUUCUACCGAAAAUAUCGAUCAUGUUCUCUACACAGAGGAACAUUUUGCAUUAAAAGCAUCUUUGAGAAAGAUCAUUGAUCAAGAGAUCAACCCUUAUGUAGAUAAAUGGGAGGAAGAAGGGCAAUUUCCUGCUCAUAAGAUCUUCAAAAUCCUGGGUAAUGCGGGAUUUCUAGGAGUCAACAAACCUGUGGAGUAUGGAGGUCUGGGGUUGGACUUUAGCUAUAGUGUGGCUGUUGCAGAAGAACUGGGGAACAUCAACUGUGGAGGAAUUCCCAUGGCCAUCGGCGUGCAGAGUGACAUGGCUACACCUGCACUGGCGAGGUUUGGUUCUGCAGAGCUCAAGAGAGAGUUCUUGCAGCCCACCAUAAUGGGAGACAUAGUGGUCUGCCUCGGGGUGAGCGAAACAGGGGCCGGCUCUGAUGUAGCAAGCAUCAAGACUAAAGCUGUGCGCAAAGGAGAUGAAUUUGUCAUUAAUGGAGGAAAGAUGUGGACUACUAAUGGCACCCAGGCAGACUGGAUGUGCCUCCUGGCCAACACCAGCGAGGGCCCUCCACACAAGAACAAAUCCCUAAUCUGCUUACCUAUGAAUCUGCCUGGCGUUCACAUCGCACGUAAGAUCGAUAAAAUAGGCAUGCGGUCAUCGGAUACAGCAGAGGUGUUUUUCGAUGACGUGCGUGUGCCCUGCAAAAAUGUCAUAGGGCAGGAGGGAAUGGGCUUCAAUUACCAGAUGCUUCAAUUCCAGGAGGAGCGACUUUGGGGGGUGGCCAAUAUUCUAACGACCAUGGAGAAAGUUGUCCAAGAGACCGUUAAUUACACCAGACAGAGGAAGAUCUUCAAUCAGCCGAUUCUGUACCACCAGGUCGUUCACUUCAGGCUGGCUGAGCUGCAGACAGAAAUCGAGCUGUUGCGCUCCCUUUUGCAUCGCGCCACAGCUUUGUACAUUAAGGGAAACGAUGUGACAAAGUUGGCGUCAAUGGCCAAGCUGAAGGCAGGACGACUGGCCCGAGAGCUCGGUGACAGCUGCCUCCAGUACUGGGGUGGCAUGGGCUUCACCAGUGACGUCCUAGUCAGCAGGUUCUACAGGGACUCCAGGUUAAUGUCCAUUGGUGCAGGAGCUGACGAGGUGAUGCUGUCAAUCAUAUGCAAGUACAUGGACACUCUACCCAAGAAAUGACAUCACCAAUAUGAGUUCAGUUUGAAAAACAAAGUGCCCUUAAAAGGUGAAUCUGACACUAAAUAUAAAUGAACUAUAGUUAUAUCAGUUAUAAAAGCCAUUAACAACCUUAAGAUGGAUGAUUUGUACCUUGCAGUAAAAAAAAGGGUAUUUUAAUAAAGACUUGAUGAAAAACUUUAUAUGUAGUUAUAUGUGACAUAGGUACAUUUUGAUUAUAGUUUUAUAUGAAUGUUUGUUGCUAAUAUGUAUGAAAAAAAUUAAGUUUUCAUAAUUCUUC